AUGUCGAAUAAUAAAGGAUCAUUGGAUUGCCUCCCAAUCUAUUCAUUCUUAUUUCCGAAUGAAAAAGGCUCUAGCUUGUAUAAUGCCUAUGACCGAAAUGAAGUGGAAGAUAAAUUGGUUAUCAAAAUCGACCAAAAUGAUCGAGCCCCAAAGUUUUCUGUUGCAGAUGACAUUUCAGAAGUAUAUGGUUUGCCCGGGAUUCAUGAAUGUAUUAACGGUCAAAAACCUUUAAGAGUAGUGAUCGAUAUAGAUGCUACACAGGAGGAUAUGAAAGCGAAUGGAGUUAAGCCUAGUAGUGUAUUCAUCCAUAUCUGUUGCUCUUUCAUAAGAACUUUGUAUCGUAUUCUUGAUUGUAGCUGGGAAGAUAUUCUUAAAGGGCUAGUAAUUGCUACAUCUUCAGAUUUUAGCAAGUGUAGCUAUCAUAUUUUAUAUGCACCAGUUCUUCUUAUUGAUCAUCACGAACUCAAAGCAUUUACUAAAUUAGUAUAUACCAUAACUGGUGAAAAAUUCGGCAAGUUUAUUGAUCAAAAAUUACCUGGUCAGAAUUUUAACCUUCGCCUAAUUGGUUCAGCAAAAAAAGGUCGUGUGAAGCGCAUCCUUCAGUUUUCACUAGAUAAUGGCUGGAAUGAACUUGAUCAUUCUAGGGUUCAACCGCCUUCUAGUUUAGGACUUGAAGUGAGACCUAGAAUGCUUAGCAUAGAAAAAAAUAAUAAUCCGCUAAGAAUAUCCGUGGGUCAGGAUAUAUUACAAAAAUAUGCGGACCUAGUUUUACAAAAGCACUCUAACUAUCUUAGGGAUUGGACUAUCGAAGAAAAAGACUCAGAAAACUUCAUAUAUUUUAACCGAAAAGCUUCACUAGAAUGUCCACUAUGCAAACCAUGGGAAAUUUUUGAAUGUUACCCAUCUAUUGCAGAAAAAAUUCAGCAAGAAAAUAAAAAUUAUCUGCAACCCUCUCACAAGACAAAGGGUCCAGGUUUCCCUAAAGCUUUCGUAAAAUUCCCAUCUCGGGUCAAGUAUAAUGACUUCCUUACAGCAACAGAAACAUAUGAGGAGAGAUAUGUAAGACAAUUGCCCAAUGAAGGUGAUAUCUAUGUGGGGUCACCUUGGGAAACGGGAAAAACCUAUAUUCUUGAAAAUUUAGCUAUUCCUAAUGACGUAAAUUUACUAGUAUUAUCCACGCGUCACUCUUAUUCUAAUGCUGUUACUACAAGGCUUAAUCUUAAGUCUUAUUGCGAUAUCGAUGGUAAUAUAAAUCUACCUGAUCAUAAGAGAGUAGUAUGUCAGAUAGAGAGUUUACACCGUAUUACUAAUAAUUGUAAAUGCGAUAAAAAAUGCAAAUGUCCCCCAACCCAAUACGAUUUAUGGCUUGAUGAAAUAGUAUCUAUAAUUGCUCAAGCACAAAGUCAUUUGGCGGGACAGUCGAUAGAGAAAUUAUAUAAAUUAAUCCAAGAGGCUAGGCGCAUUAUCGUUAUGGAUAAUGAUCUUACUGAUCUUAAUAUCGAAUGGAUUAAACCUCUUCGUAAGGAUAUGUCAUUCUCUGUUAUUCACAAUACUUACCAGCCUCAGAAAGGUAAGACAUUCCGCUUGGCUCCUAAUAAAGAAACAGUAUUAGCUGAACUUUGGGAAUGGGCCAAGCAAAUGUCUUUAUUACCUUUUGAGAAUCGGACAAGCGCAUCGCUCAUCUGUCACCUUAGAAAAGAUGUGCAAGGAAUAGUUCAUACUCUCAAGACAGAUUUUCCAGAAUUACGGAUCAAGGAAUACCACGGUAAGUCUGAUCCGGUGGAAAAGGCUCAUGACUUCAGCAACGUAGAAGAAUCAUGGAAAGACGUAGACCUAGUUGCCUAUACUAGCACUUUAAAAAUAGGAGUAUCCUGCACUAAUCCUAAGUUUGAGCGAGCAUUCUGUCUUUUUAAUAACUACAUAGAAACAAAUGCCGGAACGAAUCAGAUGUUAUUCUGCAUGCGGUGUAUUAAGGAUUAUAUAUGUCAUAUUGAGCAGAGAUCUUCUAACGUUCCCAUUAUAGAAAAGGAAUUAUUUCAGUGGUUAUUAAAUGCUAAACGCGAAUGUCUCCCCCGGGAACUUCAGAAUAGAGGAAUAUUUCCGGAUAUAGAUUCUAUCAUCCGGAAUAAGGACGUACCAACUGUUCGUUUAUGGACGGCCUAUAUGUUGGAAAGAUUCCGUUCCCGGCACUUAUUUGGUUGGAGGAUGGUUGAUUUUCUCCGAAAUGCGGGUAUGGUAAUCUCUGUCAUGGAACUCAUUCCUAAACCUGAAGGUACUACGAUGUCGUUAUCCCAAACAGUGAAGGCGAGUUCCUCUACCAUUAAAGCAGAGGAGAUAGCAGAUGUAUCUAAUGCUACUAUUGUCGAUCGUGAGACUGCUGAAUUAUUGGAGAAUAAACCAAAGAAGACUUUAGAAGAGAUGCGCUCUUUAGACCGGCAUCAUAUCGUGGAUUGUUAUGAGAUUUCGCCUGAAUCAUUGACCGAGAAUUUCAUCUCAAAGUAUGGGAAUUACAAUCACAUGAAAUGGUUCAGAGCUUAUAAACAGUUACGAGACGCUG